AUGUCUGUCGCUACUAAGAACCUCUUCGACCUCCUCGGUAACGACAUCGAGGGAGAUGAGCCCCCGCGCCCCCCUCUUCAGCCCGUCAACAAGACAUCCACCCACACGGCCAAGCGCAACACCGAUGGCUUACCUCCUUCCAAGGGCCCGGUAGCCACUGGUAACCGUCGGGGUGGUUCCAAGGUGGGCGGCAACGAGGCUGCUUUCCGCGACCCCACCGCUGGCCGUGACUUCAACCGUGGUAAGUCCACGGAUGAGGCUCCUCGUGGCGGCCGCCGUGGCGGCUUCCGUGGUGGCCGUGGUGGCAGGCGUGAGGACGGUGACCGUCACCAGUCCCGCAGCGCUAUCCACAGCAACUCGGAGAAGCAGGCUGCCCAGUCUUGGGGUGCCAACGAGGGCGAGGCCGAGCUGAAGGACGAGGAGGCCGGCGCUGAGAUUGCCCAGACCGAGCAGAAGGCCGAGGGCGAGGGUGCUGCUGAGGGCGAAGUCAGCGAGGAGCCCGAGGAGAAGCAUUACACCUACGACCAGUACCUUGCCCAGGUCGCCGAGAAGAAGGCUGCCCUUGCGGCCGAGCUCCAGGUCCGCGAGCCCAACGAGGGCGUGAAGGACGACAAGUGGAAGGAUUUCGCCGUUAUCAAGAAGGACGACGAUGAGGAGCUUUUCCCCGGCUCCGGCGGCAAGUCCAAGCGUGAGCGUGAGCGCAAGGUCAAGAACUACAUCGACAUCGACCCCCGCUUCCAGGAGCCUGAGCGCACUAGGGGUGGCCGUGGCGGUCGCGGUGGUGCUCCCCGCGGUGACGGUGGCCGUGGCCGUGGUGACGGUACCCGUGGCCGUGGCCGCGGUGCUCCCCGCGGUGAGUUCCGUGGUGCCCCCCGUGGUGGUGAGUUCCGUGGUGGCCGCGGCGGUCGCCAGGAGAACAAGCCCAUCAACACCGACGAUGAAGCUGCGUUCCCCAGCCUGGGUAGUUAA